AUGUGGCGCCCCCGUGCCCACAUCGCCGCCACUCCUCCGCGCGGCCCGGCGAGCCCGCGGGAGGCCCGCCUGAGUUGCCCACCAGGCCAGUGGACCGCGACCCUGCCGCCCUUUCUCCUCCCGAGGCGCGCCGCCCUCUCCUCGCCAGCACCCGACGCCGACAGGCCACCGUCGCCUCACCUCGCCGCCACCGUCCCGGCGCCGUCGCGCGCUGCCCGAGGCCACCUCGUCGUCCGAGCCCGCCGCCGCCGCCUCCUCGCCGCCCAUCGUCACCGGCAAGCGCCGCCCCGGCCUCCUCUUCUUCAACUCCGGCGAUUCUCCGGCGUCUACAGUGCUUCCGACGAACCUCGGGUGAAACACCCACUUUCCCCAAAUCCAAUAAUAUCAUCGUUCCCCAAUCUCACCCCUCCCUCUCGCUGCUGCCCACACACAACACAGAGACCUAAACCUAAUGCGCCCGCGCCGGCACCCACGACCUUCGUGCCGCCGGCCAAGCCCGCACGCUGGUCCCCUCAUGCCACUGCAUCUCAAACCCCGGGCGUUCCUCCCUCAGCCAGCAUCAGCAGCAGCGCCGUCCGCGACAGAGGAGCAUCCUCCGCCCACCACCCGCCGUUGAGGAGCAGCUGCGCCGUCCAUUCUGAGGAGCCGCCCGCCGUUCUUCUUCCUCCACCGGCGACACGUGUACCUCCAGAUCUCAACAGGUUUAAGGGGCAUGGCAUGUUGGCACCAUUCACAGCUGGAUGGCAGAGCAAUGGUGUGCAUCUGUUGGUUAUUGAGAGAUCUAAGGGUUCUUAUGUUUAUGACAUCAAUGGGAACAAGUAUCCAGAUUCUCUAGCAGGACUGUGGUGUACAACUUUAGCCGCUGAAUAAACCAAGGUAAAGAACGACAAGCACGGAAAAGGCUAGCUGUUGGCUGUGGGUUCUGAGCUGACGGACAAUGUGGAAGAAGGUGUGAUCUUGGCAGUGGCCCAUGAAGUACUUUUUUCUUUACAUGUUGAUCACUACUGCACUGUUCAAGUUCUUAAUCAAGUGACUGAUCGACUAGAUUGUGGGUCACAACCAAGGGAAUGCUAACCGUGGUGGUGGUGGUGAUUGAAGAGCCCUUAAUCAAUUCGGCCUUAUAGAUUGGAGCACCAACAUGGGAUAUUGCACCAUCUAGCUCUGUCUAUCUGAUUCAUCUUAUUUUCUUGGUCUAUCAACUAGAGGAAUCUACAAGUAUGUGCUGCAUGUUUUCUGCUAACAGGAGAGCAACACAUUUGUGAAGACUUUCAUUUCUUGUUUACUUUCAGCCUGUCAUAAUUUUUUAACUGAAGACAUAUUAUUGUUAGUUGGAUGAGAGCUGAUGCUAUACUGCCAGUAGAUAGACUAGGGUGCAAACUGUCUUAAUCUGUGCAAAUAACAGUGCAAACCAACCUCGUAUUCUUUGAGGAACAAACUGAUAUUAUGGUUACCAUUUUUAACAGAAGCAGGAAUAUUAGUAAGCAUUAUAUAUUGAUGUUACAUGUUGUGCUGCACCUUAGGAUCGUCAGCUCGGCAUGGCCUUACAAAAUAUGUGCAUUAUUCGGCCAACCAUUCUUCCUUUUGCUACCUGAACUGACAACAAGCAUUGUAGUAACGUGUUGUUUAUGAGAAUUCCAGAUUCUUGAAUACGUUCCUGACCUCAUGCAAUCAAUAGUUGGUCUGAUCUCAUCCUCCGACGACCAAGAGUUCCGAGACGAAAGCGUGGUGCCCCUCGCGAAACAUAGGGACAUGACAGAAAGUUGCAAGUCCACAAGUUGAUCUAAGAUGUCUCGGUCAUCGCUUUUGUUCAUAACAUGGUAGACACAUUUUGUUCAUAUGGAAGUUGAUGCCGGCUUGGUGAUUGAAGGAUUGGUCUCUUUCAUAAUACUCCCUCUGUACCAAAAUACUCGUAGUUGGGGGAACUUGAACUAAUUUCCCCCAACUACAAGUACUUCAGCACAGAGGAAGUAUUUUGUAGUAGCCAAGUGAUCGAACAAUUGGUCUCUUAGGAGCUUAGCCUUUAUAUUUUGCAGCAGGACACAUCUUGUAUGUCGACUUAUGUAUUACCUUCAUGGUUGUAGAAAACUCGAGUGAAGAUAACAAAUUUUCAAUAUAUGUUGAAUAAAUGUACUAGUGAA